AUGGCAGAAUUAAUUUUUCUGGGCACCGGACCAUCCUCUGGCAUACCAUCGCUCAAGUGCCGGCUAUCGGGCUCGUGCAGAGUGUGCGACACGGUAAAACGCACAAAUGUAAGUGUUAUAGUCAACAAGAACGCUUCGUCCAUCCUGAUAGAUUGCGGCAAGCAUUUCUACACCCAGUACAACCAGUAUCUGUCCAUGUACAAAAACACAGCAAUACCGGAGCUGGUAAUUACGCAUCCUCAUGCCGAUGCGAUCGGUGGCAUUGAUACGUAUUUGAUGAUGUGCACGGGAAAGAAAAACGUAUAUUCGUCCAAGUUCACGCUUGAUUACAUCAAAAAAUCAAACGAGUACUACUUCGUAAAACCGGGUGAUGCGGGUCACAGGGGGUAUUUUCAUCCCAAUGUGCUGGGCGACAAGCAGAUCAAAGAGAUCUGUGGUAUCAAAGUGCAGGCUUUUGAGGUUGAUCAUGGCGGAAUAAAGUCGCUAGCGUUUCUUCUUGAUGAUAAAAUACUUUACAUUUCGGAUACGAGCGAUCUGCAUCCGAUUCCCGAAGAGUUUUAUCACAGGGAUGUGCUCAUAAUAGACUGCCUUACGAUAGACAGGCACGUGCGGGGACAUCUCAAUCUGCAGGACGUAAAGAGGUACGCUGAUCUUUUAAAGCCGAAGAAGGUAAUUUUGACCGGUUUAUCACAUCACGUUGGGCAGGUUGAAUCUUUGGAGGGAUUUUGCAUGGCGUACGACGGUAUGAGAAUCGAAUUUAAUUAAAUGCGUUGCAGUACCUGAUGAGACGGCACUGGUUUGAACUCAUCAGCCUAAAAGGUAAUUUAUUUUGGCUAGUUGCUCAACACUUGGUACCAGUUUUGUGCACUACGUUCAUUGAGGGGGUGGAACAGCAGCAGGACUUAGAAAGUAAGCUAUGAAAAGAAUUGUUUGGUUCAAAUGCCUAGCUUUGCGAUUUGCAUCGUAGUUUGCAAUUGCUUCCCGUCAUUUACAAGCGGUGCGUACAACUAAAUGUGUAGUUACUGCGAGAGAGUGGUUGGCAGAUGGGUGUAGAGCUGAGAUGGUGACCAUCAUUCUUUACUGGUGCAGCAACAACGAUUUGUUCCUACCACUUUCUCACACUUCUUGUUUUCAUGCAAAUUUGCUAUCACUCCGCUGCUGCG